AUGGAAGAAGCUUCGUCCAUCACGUCUGGUUCCCCGGUCCUCUCUCCCGAGCGUAGCAACGUUAGCACGCCUACCAAUAAGUCGUUCCGUGGAUACACUCAUGUCAUUGACCAGUCCCCCCUCGGACCAUACGAAGAGGAAGACCCGCUCAAGAGCCCGGAGGUUCGUCAAGGUCUAGCAUCGAAUGUGCCCACCACCACCACUCCCACCCCUACCACCACCACUCCUACCCCCACCGCCACCACCACCACCAACACUCCCAUCACUCCCAACGAUCUAGACGUACAGACCGAAGGUGAAAAUGAAAAUCGAUCGGAGACCUUGCAGUCACAGAUCACGUGUGUCACCCCCACCCCCACCAGGCGUGCUCCCCGUGGUAUCGACCAUUGGGCUACCUCGACAACCAGAUACCUGAAAAUCAGCAAUAUAAACCCUAGGUUUCCCACAGCGGACCUAUACAAAUACUUGGCUGAGGUCGGAGAUGUUGAAGAAUACAAUACGUCACGAUUGCUGUCGGAUGGCAUCUGUGUCAUUUCGUAUUUUGAUUUGAGAGACGCCAUCGCCUGUUACAUGAAAUGUAAAGCGGAGUAUAAUAUGUGGAUUUUACAAUUCUGCAGUCCAGCUUACUUCGAUAUGCUGGGGGUACAUACCAACCGACGUGGUGACAAUAGGUCUGCAGACGUUGUCUGCAGCGUUGGUUCGGGUCCCCGCUUGUCCAAACCAGCUGGACCGUUGUAUGCUCGGCUCCGCGACUUUGGGGCCAUCGAAAAAUUCAAGACCUUGCGGCGUGAUAAGAAGCCUACGUUUUUCGUCGCGUUUGCCGAGCACCGGAUUGCCUCUAAUGUGGUGGAUGUCCUUGAUGGACAAUACCUUAUGGGUUACCAUCUUAGGGCCACUAUCUUUGCGCCGGAGCGGUCGUCGGGGCUAGACCCGUUCAGUGUGGAAACUAAGGAGGAGCUCAUGUUGAGCUAUGUCGACAAACCCACGGGAGCGCAGAUCUACUCACCUCUCCCAAUUCGUCCGGUUCUGGAUACGAACCUUGGAUACGGAUAUGGACCGGCUACCCACAAUCCGAUUUUUCCAGAGGCCCGUCCCGCCAGCCCUGGAAAUCAUUCCGACACAGAGUCGGAAGAUGUGUGUGGCGACCUCUUUACAGACCCGCGGGUGCUUCUUCCUGUGUCUACCCCUAAGCCCAAACUCCUGCCGUGCAAGCCGGACUGUGUCCAUAGACUGGCCGCCGAGAGGAAAUUAAAAUCCCCCACGGUUUUUGAUAACAGCCUACUCCUACCAGGAAAAAAUGUCAUCGACCUAGACCGCAUCGCCAGGGGAUUGGAUACCAGAACGACUGUAAUGCUCCGCAAUAUUCCAAACAAAGUCGAUCAGGCAACCUUGAAGGAUUACGUUGAUGAAACGAGCCGUGGUCUUUACAACUUUCUGUACCUACGCAUUGAUUUCCGCAACAUCUGCAAUGUUGGCUAUGCGUUCAUCAACUUCUUGGAUCCACUGGAUAUCAUCGAUUUCGUGAAAGAGAAAUCCGGAACUCGCUGGAACAAGUUCAACUCGGAGAAGGUCCUUGAUGUGACAUAUGCGAAUAUUCAAGGCAUCGAUCAACUUGUCGAGAAAUUUAGAAACAGCUCAGUCAUGGAUCAAGAUCCGGCGUACAGGCCGAAGUUAUUUCAUUCCGCUGGUCCGAUGGCUGGACAAGAAAUGACUUUCCCACCAGCGAACAACAUUUUGAAGAAAUGCAGGAGUGUUUCUGCGGCCCAACAGAUUGGCCUCUUCGCGCCAAAGUUGCAACCCGGAAGUAAAGGCAUCUGGCGUAGGCGCGGCACCGAUUAG